GCUUUCUCUCUCUUUCCCACAUUUUCUCUCCCAUCCAAACGAAGACCUUAAAAACAGAUAUCUCUCUUCCCUGACAAUCUCUAUCAGUUGCAGUUAGAAAUUGCGCCACCCCUUUUUCCCGCCCUAAAGCUUUUGCACCAAUUCAGCUCAAAGACAAUGAAAGCUUAUGAUGAUGAAAUUACAUUAGCUUCAUGAUCAUUAUUUAGGGUUUUUUUCUUUCUCUCUCUCUUUCCAUUUUGUUUCUCCUAUUUAACCCUAGCCCCCCUCCAUUCUUCAAUUCCUCCAAGCCCUUUCCCUUUUUUUUAGAUCUUUCUUUCUUUUUCUUCUUCUUUAUCAUCGGGAUCAAAUCCAACAACCAGUUGGGUUCAAUUCCCGAGGAGGUGUUACUAUUUUGGAUGUACUUGUGUCCUCUGUCUUGUCUCCUUGUCUAAUUUGGGAAGAAUCAGUUGAAGUACAACUGACAGCACAGAAGUCUAAAACUGUUUUAGCAUCUCCUUGGGGAAAGAUUCAAUCAAAUCCAAGGUCGAUUUUCUGUGGAUUGCAGAAUUGGGCGCUAUAGCUAUAGAUCUUGGUUGCUUGAUUUGUGAUUGAUUUUAAAUACUAGGUAGGGAGAAAAUGAUCAAUACAUUUGCAGUAGUUCCUCCUGGGUUUCGCUUCCAUCCCACUGACGAAGAACUCGUCGAUUAUUACCUAAGGAAGAAGGUUACAGCUAGAAGGAUUGACAUUGAUGUCAUCAAAGAUGUUGAUCUCUACAAAAUUGAACCCUGGGAUCUUCAAGAGAUAUGCAAAAUAGGGACAGAAGAGCAAAAUGAAUGGUACUUCUUCAGCCACAAAGACAAGAAGUAUCCAACAGGAACUCGCACAAAUAGAGCUACUACUGCUGGAUUCUGGAAAGCAACAGGAAGAGACAAGGCCAUCUACUCUAAGCAUGAAUUGAUUGGGAUGAGAAAAACCCUAGUCUUUUACAAAGGUCGAGCCCCAAAUGGACAAAAAUCAGAUUGGAUCAUGCACGAAUACCGCCUUGAAUCAGAUGAAAAUGGAAAUUCUCAGGCAAAAGGAUGGGUGGUGUGUAGGGUUUUCAAAAAGAGAAUAACAACAGUGCGCAAACUGAACGAUCAUGAAUCGGCAUGUUGGUAUGAUGAUCACUCCUUCAUGCCAGAUCUUGACUCACCUAAGCAAUCUUCCAACCCGAAUCUGGCUUAUCCAUAUUCCUGCAAAAAAGAGCUGGAUUUGCAGUAUCAACUCCAUCCCCAAGAGCGCUACUUCCAUCUUCCGCUGCUAGAGAGCCCGAAAUUGCAGCAGCCAGCUACAAGCUGCACUUCCAUGGCAGCCUAUGGACUUGACAUGAAUAAUGCAAGCACAUUACAGUCCUCAUCCCUCACACAGGAAGAACACUUGAAUGCAAUAUAUGUUGAUGGAAGCAAUGAGCAAGGAGUGGAUCAGAUGACUGAUUGGCGGGUUUUGGAUAAGUUUGUGGCUUCUCAACUAAGUCAAGGGGAUGUCUCUAAGGAAGAUAUGUAGUGCUUUAAUAAUCAGCAGAGCAGACAAGUUCACUUGCCCGCAGACAGCCGGGAAAUGCCACGACGACGUCAAUGUCUGAAAUCUUCGGAAGACACCUGAUUAAUGAAUAAGCUAUAUAUAUGACAUAUCAAUAUUAAUCAGUUUCAAAUAGAGGCAAAAAUUUAUG